AUGGCCGUCAUCAUCGCCGUCCUCUUCCUCUUGGGCUUCUUCCCCAUCUACAUCCGCCACUGCUCCGUGUCCCAAUCCGCCGCCGCUUCCGGCAGCAGCAUCCGCCGCGCAGCCACUGCCGCCUCCCGAGGACUCGACCCAGCUGUCAUUGAGACGUUCCCCACGAUGGUCUACUCCGCGGUCAAGGGGUUGAAGAUCGGGAAGGCAGCGCCGGAGUGCGCCGUCUGCCUAAGCGAAUUCCACGACGGCGAAACGCUGCGUUUCAUUCCCAAGUGCGACCACGUCUUCCACCCGGAGUGCAUCGACGCCUGGCUCGAAUCCCACGCCACCUGCCCGGUCUGCCGGGCCAGUUUCGCCCCACGCGACGGCUCGACCGCGGUCGAACCGGAGACCAUUGCUCCUGCCUCGGCGUCUGAUCUUGAGGCAGGACGAGUGGACGGCGGCACUCUCUCGGAACCGGCCGAUGGGGGUUGCAGGAGGAGCGAAGAGCGACCACCGGAAGAAGCUCCGCCGGAGGUUUUCUGGUUCGAUCGGUUUUUGAACCGGAACCAUGAGUCGAGAUCGCACUCGGCGGGUCACUCUUUGGUCCAGCCGGGGGGGACACCGAUCGGGUUCGCGUUGAGGUAA